GAGUUCCGGCAAAAUCCGCGAAAACACGCUUUAAACUUUGAACUUUAGAUAUCUUGCAUGAAUUAUGUCUCUCUCGUAGUACGUAGUCUGGUACUGUAAUGGGAAUUCGUUCGUUUAAGAUAAUCUCGCAGACGUUUAUGACAAAACUUUUAAAUCUAUAGCGUAUUGUGCGACAUGUCUGUAGCUGAGAGGAAUAACAUAACAGAAACAUGGGAGUCCAUAGACUACGAGCCCUCACUUCCUGUUUCAGAGAAGUCCAACCCGCUGAGCCGGGACUUAGACAGAGCUUCGGCCAAUCAGAUCGUGAGAAUCCUCCAGGCCUGUGAUAUGCAAAUGUUUGAAAAAGAAGACUCCAAUGGCCAAUACCAGAGGAUUUUGAGUGACAGUGUGUUGAAAAGUGUGAUGGAAGUUGCCCUAAGAGUGGAAGAAAUUCUCAAGAAUCCAGAAAACAGUCUCAUAGUGCUCAGUGGAUGUGGAACUUCUGGUCGACUGGCUUUUCUCAUUACGAGAUGUUUUAACAAAGCACUGAAGCAAUUGAGCAAGCAGUCAGUAUAUACCUACAUUAUUGCAGGAGGAGACAGGGCUCUUUUCACCUCAAAAGAAUCACAUGAAGAUGACCCUAAAAUGGGCAUGCUUCAUCUAAAGGAGGUCUGUGAAGGAAAGAAGCAUGUCUUGUAUAUUGGAAUUUCUUGUGGAUUAUCAGCUCCAUUUGUGGCCGGUCAGCUUGACUUUUGCCUUCAGCAUCUCAACAUUUACACGCCAGUUCUGAUCGGCUUUAACCCUGCAAAUCAGACUAGAUCUGACCCAAUGCAAGGCUGCACAUUCACUUUCUAUGACGUAGUGCAGAGGAUGCAGGAGGCAGCGACACACCAGAAGGCUUUCAUCAUUAACCCUGCAGUGGGGCCUGAAGCCCUCAGUGGCUCCUCCAGGAUGAAAGGGGGCAGUGCCACUAAGAUCCUUCUCGAGGUGAUCCUGCAGGCGGCUCACGGUGCUGCCUUUGCACACCGCCCCAUCACUCCACAGUCUAUACACGAUCACAUGGACGUCUACGUUAAAUGUUUGGAUCUAACUUAUGCACAACCUGAAUACAUGGCUACGAUGAUAAAAUCCGCAGGAGAAAGUUUACAAAGCGGUAGACAUGUGUGCUAUCUCGGAUGGGACAGUCUGGGUAUACUUGGCUUGAUUGACGCCAGUGAGUGCAUCUCUACAUUUGGAGCAGACUAUCAUGAUAUUCGAGGUUUUGUCAGUGGAGGGUUCAGCGCGUUGGACAAUAAUGAAGGACCACUCACUUCUCUGGUCUCAAACUAUCGCAUUUCUCAUGAAGACUUCUUGAACAACGUCCUGCCUUCACUGAAUGACAAAGAUACUGUCAUUUUACUCUACACCGAGUUUGAUGACCAAAGUGAAGUCUCUGAAAUAUCAGCCAGAGUGAGAGAAAAGAACUGCAAGCUCCACAGUAUUGUUCAUUGCUCCGAAAAUGGUUCUGCUGUUGAAAAAAAAGUCGAGAUCAAUAGUUUAACUGGUUCAGACAGUUUACAGAGAAUGCAAUGGGAGCUAACUACUAAACUAACAUUAAACGCAAUUAGCACUGGUGCACAUGUUCUGAAGGGAAAAAUUUACCAAAACUACAUGAUUGAUCUGCAAGUCACCAACAGCAAACUGUACCGACGGGCCGCGCGACUACUACAGAAAUUCUCUGGUCAAACUGAGAUUCAGUGUCACGAAGCCUUACUGAAAGCUAUUUAUGAAGUGGAAGAAUUGAAUGACAGCAUCAAACUGAAGAAUAUCUUUGCCCAUACAAAAAUCGCUUCAAAAAGAUCCAAGAUUGUUCCUCUGGCACUGGUGUGUCUGCUCACUGGCUGCUCAUUGGUGGAGGCGGGAUCGAGUCUGGAGAAUCAGCCAAUCAUAAGAGAUGCAGUAACAGCAUGUCUAACACAGAACAAACAUCAGAAUAUAAAAAAUAAUUGAGUAUAUUUUUUAUAUUUUUUGCUAUCUGUGACCAAAUGGGGAGUGAAAACAGCCUAUAAGCACAGUCUUGCAUUGUAGGUAGUAAUUACAAAUACAUAAUCAGUAGUUUUUGGAGUAGUAGUAGCUUUAAAACACAGUGGAGCACUUCCUGAAUUACCACGUGACAUCACAGGGUGGUGAAUGAGAAAAACGUGAUUAUAACAGUUAUAACAGAUUAGAAAAAAGCGCAGUAUAAUAGUAGUAGCAGUGUGUUCAAAGAUAUCAAUGGAUUUCAGAUUGAUCAAAAAAGUUCUUCUAUCUGAAUGGCAAAGUCCUCAAAAUGGCACCUUUAAACAAGAAGCUGAAACCUAUUAUGUCAAUAUCAAGGUAUCUAUAGCCUAAUCAAUAAUAAUUUGUCUCUACAGGUGGAUUUAUACCAAUAUUUAGAAUUUUAGAUUAUAAACAAUAAUAUCUCUCUUGAUACAGGCAGGUAGCAGAUCCUCCAGCAGAAAACAAUGGUUACAUAGUGAAUCUUUAAAUAAAUUGACCUUUAAAUGAAACUGUUGCGGUGUGAUUUGGUGGAAGAGGUCGUGCGUGAUGUAAACCAGCCUCAAUCCCUCUCACAGAUUAGUGACGUGUGCAGCAGUGUCUCUAGACCAGAUCAGGGACCUUCAAAGCACAGCUAAUAGAGAUUCAACAGCACAGACAUAAAGUACAUGCAUUUUAAAUAUAUGCCAGCCUAAAUUUUAAAGCUGAACUAUGUAACUUUUUGGUUGUUGGUCCAUUGCUCUGCCCAGAAUGUUCCACAGUAUGGCAUUAAACAGAUCUACCUCACAUUUAUUGAGUUAUAAGAGGUUUUACAGCUCAAAAAGACCUAGAAAAACAUGCAUUCUGACUGUGAGCGGGGUCGCCUCUCCACAGAUCUGACCUGUAACUUGGUCUGGUUUGGGCUCCAUGGAGAUAGAAAGGUUUAAUACCAUUCUGUGAAUCAUUCCAGGCAAAGCAAUAACAUUUCCAUGGAAAAAAAAAAAGCAUUUGACGGACCCUCCCAACAGAAAAGUUACACAAUGCACCUUUAAUAUAAUUUAAGUUUUUCACUUUUCACAUUAAAGGGGUCAUUCUGGAGUCAAAUUAUGGGUAAUACUUUUUCUGUAUUAUUAUGGUAGGCAAAAUACUUUAAUUAGCAGUCGUUUUUCAAUUUGAAAAUAGUAGAAGCAUGGUAUACCGGUAGUAAUAGAAAAGUAUUAUUUGAAAGAUUAGUAGUAGCAGUAGUAGUAGUUGUAGUAGUAGUAGUAAAGCAAUAUUUAGAGCAGCGGUGUCAAACUCAAGUCGUGGGCGAAACUAAAUAUUUAUUGAAAAAUUUCAACAACGUCUGCAUGUUUUCUCUUCUUUAGAGAUAUGUAAUGUUAAACCUAAAAUUAAUUAAAUUAAAUAAAUAAAUAAUUAAAAUAAA